AUGUUGUCCCAAUUCCGUUCCACUUUAUUAAGAGCCCCAAGAUUCACUGCUGCUCGUACUUUCAAAACCUCUGCUGCUUCUUUCCUUCAAGUUGGUGAUUCUAUCCCAUCUGUUGGUUCUUUAAGAGAAGGUUCUCCAGGUAAUGAAGUUGAUUUAGCUGAAUUGACCAAAUCAGUAUGUGCUUUCUCUCCAGCUUGUUCAGCUAGUCAUGUUCCAGGUUAUGUUCAAAACUUGAAAGAAUUCACCAACAAAAAUUACAAUGUUUUCGUUUCCACUGUUAACGAUGCCUUUGUUACAAAAGCUUGGGCUGAUCAACUUGGUGAAGGUAGUAAUGUUCGUUUCAUUGCUGAUCCAGAAGCUGAAUUCGCAAAAGCUGCUGAUUUAUCUAUCGAUGCUACUCCAUUCUUUGGUAACAUUAGAAACAAAAGAUUUGUUUUGAUUGUUGAAGAUGGUAAAGUUAAAGAACAAAUUGUUGAACCUGAUAACUUUGGUUUAGAUAUUACUAAAGCUGAAGAAAUCUUGAAAAAAAUCUAA